CCGGGAAAACGGAAGAGGUCAUCGGAGAUUGAUCGUGAUAACGGUGAAAAAUGGAGGUGAUGAAUGACAAUUCUACAUUGUAUGAUUUAUCGAUGAACCUAGAGAGUAGUCACAGUCAGGUCCUUCCGAUCACAUUGUUCGUCGCGGUACUCUGUUUGUGUUUGGUCGUCGGGCACCUGCUUGAAGAAUAUCGUUGGGCUAACGAGUCCAUCACUGCUAUUCUCAUUGGGUGCAUUGCUGGAACAAUCAUCUUAUGCAGAAGCAAGUGGAAAAGUUCUAGUUUGCUCAGGUUCAACGAAGAACUGUUCUUCAUUUAUCUACUUCCGCCUAUAAUCUUCAAUGCUGGAUUUCAGGUGAAGAAGAAACAGUUCUUCCAUAACCUUUUCCCUAUUAUGUUAUUCGGAGUCGUCGGUGUUUUCAUAUCGACAUCAAUAGUUGCAGCUGGUAGCUGGUGGCUAUUUCCAAAGUUAGGAUUUGAGGGCUUGACUAUCAGCGACUAUCUUAGUAUUGGGACUAUUUUCUCAUCAACAGAUACUGUAUGUACGCUACAGGUUUUGAACCAAGAUGAGACACCUUUGCUAUACAGCCUAGUCUUUGGUGAAGGAGUAGUGAAUGAUGCAACAUCAGUUGUUCUCUUCAACGCAGUUCAAAAAAUGACUGCAGAUACACUCAAUGGCCAGACAGCUCUUCGCAUCUUUGUAGACUUCUUAUAUCUAUUCUCUAUGAGCACAAUUCUUGGAGUAACAGCUGGGCUUGUGACUGCAUUCAUUCUUAAAGGCUUGUACUUUGGCAGGCAUUCAAGUGUUCGAGAAAUUGCUUUGAUGGUUCUAGUAGCAUAUUUGUCCUACAUGUUGGCCGAGCUAUUUGAACUCAGUGGGAUUCUGACAGUCUUUUUUGCUGGGGUUUUGAUGUCUCAUUAUUCAUGGCAUAAUGUGACUGAAAGCUCAAGAAUUACCACCAGGUAUGCAUUUGCGACAUUGUCUUUCAUUGCUGAAACAUUUAUAUUCCUUUAUGUGGGAAUGGAUGCUCUGGACUAUGCGAAGUGGAAAAUGAGCACUAUAAGCUUUGGGACCAAAAUGGGUAUUUACUGCACUGUAAUGUUCUUGAUAUUGCUCGGGCGUGCUGUUUUUGUGUUUCCCCUUUCUGUAAUUACCAAUUACAUGCACAGAAGUGGAGGGGAGUCUGCAAAGAUCACAGGACAACACCAGAUGGUUAUUUGGUGGGCUGGUCUGAUGAGAGGUGCUGUCUCUGUCGCCUUGGCAUUCAAACAGUUCACUCACUCUGGUGUAACACUGGAUCCAACGAAAGCUACGAUGAUCACCACCACUAUUGUGAUUGUUCUCUUCAGUACCGUUGUGUUCGGUUUCUUGACAAAGCCACUAGUCGAUCAUCUGCUUCCUCUUAAUGCAAUCACCACGAGGGACUCUUGCGACCCCGGACCAAAAGAGGACAUGACACUUCCAUUGAUGUCUUUAGAAGAAUCUGCUUCUGAGAAUCUCUCAAGAGCUAAGGACAAUUUAUCGAUGCUAAUGGACCGGCCCGUUUACACAAUUCACUCCUACUGGAGAAGGUUCGACAUUGCUUACAUGAGACCUAUUUUCGGUGGUCCAUCUCACGAGGACUCUUCAUGCUAGGACCAUUCCCGUACCAAUGGAGUACAUGGUAGAAAUAUAUAUAUCAAAGAUAAACAAAUUAAUGCGGAAUCUACAAAGCCAAGUCAAUUUCGGGCCACCAACCCUGCAACUGAUGAAAAGGCCCUAUGGUAUGGAGUGACAAAGUGAUCUAUGUCGAUGAUCGUAGAUUGUUUUGUCAAGAUGCAAAGGUGAGUCGAAACCAAUGUCAUUGUUUGGAUCAGUAUCCGAAGAUAAAGCUUGAAGUAUAUAUGUGUUUAUGAUUCGUCACUAGUUUUGCAGGUUCCACACUUUACCUCUGUGUGGGAUACACUGAGCUCUUUUUGCAUACUCGACGUAAA